AUGUCCCCAACCCCAACCCCAAAGCCGGCUAUUGGCCCGGUUAUCACCGGAACUCCGUCUCAUGAUCUGGGAAUAUGUCCUGGGAGCUUCAACGUCAAUAUCAUCAUCACCGUCAUCUUCACGGUCCUUGUCACCAAUAUCAGCUUCAACAUCAACAUCAAACCACCACGCCCGCCGAAACACAGAACUAUUUUCUACAAAGAGUCAAUCCAAAAACUAUACACAGCCCCAAUCCUAGAAUUUAGCAAUCCCUGGACGGCAUCUUACAUGCGCCCAACAGUCCCGCCAGAAUCAUGGUCCUCUAUCCGGUCCGUCGAGCUGCGCUGGUCUUUUCCAGGCCAUUGGCUUCCCAGUAAAGAUCCCGUACGGGCUAUCUACGUAUCCGCUGGACGGGCGCAGUGGAUUGAGACUUGCGUUGCGUUGAGGGCGGUCGCUGGGCUGAGGUCGUUUGUGCUUAUUCUAGGACGGACUUGGUUUGCCGAGGAAUUGGGGGCUCUGGGGGUUUUUCUGGAACCGCUUUUUGGGUUGGGUGUUAGGGAUCGGGGGUUCAAGGGGAUGGAUGGGGAUGCAGGGGACGAGCCCUGUAGCUCGGAUGGAGAGGAUUGGUGUGCUGAUUUGGAGAAUUCAUCUUCUGUUUCUUCUGUUUCAGAGAGUGAGAGGAUUGAUACUUCUCCUGCUUCGUCUCUCCUUUCUUCUCCGUCCUCCUGUUCUUCCCUUUCAUCUCUGGCUUCCGUGUCCAAGAGCUAUACCCUGGAUCUCACGCCUUACUUAUACAUCGCAGACAUGGGCACAUGGGAACUGCGCUUGGAAAACCAACACUACUAUGCGAGUGAGCUAGACAAGCUUGAGAAGGAUCUUCAGGUGAGAGGGAUAGACUGCAGGAUUACGGCGGUGUGA